AUGGCGAUUAAGUUGGUCGUGGGAGGGUUUACAUUGAACAUUAUUAGUGCUUAUGCGCCACAGGCAGGCUUGGACGAGGAAGAGAAGAGGCGUUUUUGGGAGGAUUUGGAUGAAGUGGUGGGAGGUAUACCGCCCACCGAGAAGUUAUUCAUUGAAGGAGAUUUCAAUGAACAUAUUGGGUCAUCUACGGGGGGCUAUAACAAUGAGCAUAGUGGUUUUGGCUUCGAGGACAGAAACGGAGGAGGGAUCGCACUCCUGAAUUUUGUAAAAGCUUUUGGAUUGGUGGUAGCCAACUCGAGUUUUUCGAAGAGGGAGAAGCACUUGAUAACCUUUCGUAGUUCAACGGCUGUGACGCAGAUAGACUUUCUGCUCCUUAAAAAAAUGAUAAAGGUCUUUAUAAAGACUGCAAGAUCAUUCCGAGUGAGAACCUUCUGA